AUGGCAUACGUGGCUAAACCGCUCAGUAUCAAGCACACUGCGGCGAAGAUACAACGCACUCUGGACCUCCUGCCAGAGUGGUUAGACAAGUGGAGACACCACGAACCCGACCAAGACUCAGGCGAUCACCUUCGGCCAAGGCCUCCAGAUCGCCUUCGGUACCCGCGUGAGCUAUUCUCCGCGGGUACUGACAACACCAGGGCAGGAACCGCUGCUGUGACCGCUGGUCGCCUCGUUGGGCCUCCACCGCUAGGCUAG